CUCCCGCCGCUCCGCUCCCGCCGCUCCGCUCCCGCCGCUCCGCUCCCGCCAUGGCGCGGUUCGAGCCGGCGGCGCUGCCCGAGCUGCUCCCGGUCUUCUACCGGCGGCUCUUCCCGCACGGCCCCUACGGCCGCUGGCUCAGCUACGGCGGCGUGGCGAAGAACUACUUCCAGCUGCGGGAAUUCUCCUUCACGCUGCGGGACGAUGUGUACCUGCGUUUCCAGUCCUUCGGCAGCCCGCAGGAGCUGGAGCGGGAGCUGCAGAAGAUCAACCCCUACAAGAUCGACAUCGGGGCCGUCUACUCCCACCGGCCCAACCAGCACAACACGGUGCACCUGGGAGCCUUCCAGCCGCAGGAGAAGGAGCUGGUCUUUGACAUCGACAUGACGGAUUACGAUGACGUCCGGACGUGCUGCAGCUCGGCCGAUAUCUGCUCCAAGUGCUGGACGCUGAUGACCAUCGCCGUCCGCAUCAUCGACCGCGCGCUCGUGGAGGACCUGGGCGUGCGGCACCGCCUGUGGGUGUACUCUGGCAGGAGGGGUGUGCACUGCUGGGUGUGCGACGACGCCGUCAGGAAAUGGUCCCCAGCGCUGCGGGCGGCAGCCGUGGAGUACCUGAGCCUGGUGAAGGGCAGUGCAGACACGGUGAAGAAGGUGACCCUGUCCCACCCCGUGCACCCCUUCAUCAGGCGCUCGGUGGCCGUGGUGGAGAAAUACUUCGAGGAGUUCGCGCUGCUGGGCCAGGACAUCCUGGGCAGCCCCGAGAAAUGGGCCAAGGUGCUGGCCCUGCUCCCGGAGGAGCUGCGGGAGCCGCUGCAGGCCGAGUUCCCGCGGAAGAAGGACUCGCUGCAGCGCUGGGAGCUGCUGCGUGCCCGCGCCGAGCGGGAGCGGGAGCGGGGCCGGGCGGGCUGGCCCGAGUGGGAGGUGAUGCUGCAGCUCUGCUUCCCUCGCCUCGACGUCAACGUCAGCAAAGGCCUCGGCCACCUGCUCAAGAGCCCCUUCAGCGUGCACCCCAAAACAGGUGGGACCCGCGCCAAAAGCCAGGCAAUCUCAGAAACACGGAAACUGGACAAGACAAACGCAGGGCGCAUUUCGGUGCCGCUGGACCUGCAGAGGCUGGACCAGUUUGACCCCUUUGCUGUCCCCACCAUCAGUUCCCUGUGCCAGGAGCUGGACGCAGCCGGCAGCGAUGGCGAGCAGGAGGACGGGGCCGAGACGGAGCCCAAACGGCGCACGAGGGACUACAGGAGGACGAGCCUGGCCCCGUACGUGCGGCUCUUCGAGCGCUUCGUGGAGGGGCUGGAGAGCGCCCGCCGGGGAGAGCGGAUCCGCCGCAGCGAUCUUCAAGGAGAUUUCUGAGGCCUUGACACUGCCAUGUCUCACAUGUUGUCACUGUCACCUCCUCUGGCCGUGGGGGUCCCAAACCAGCGGGGCCCCCUGUCCCUGCCCUGUUUUUGUACCUUUUGUACCGUUUUCUACACAAACACCAUUAAAUGGUUCUGCUCA